UGUGUUGUGGGUGGCGAACAGCGUGUAGCUGCCGUGUCAACAACGUCGGUUAGUGGAUCAGCUGUCCGGUAAUUUUACAUCCACCAGGUGUUCUAACACAGGAACAGACCCGCCACCGCUCCACUUCAUUUACUGGGUUGUUUUUAUCAUAAGGAAGUCAGGGUUUGUGGUUUAAGAGAACAUUUAGUGGUAGAUUUCCUUAGCUAACGCUGGUAUGUUAGCCUGGAAGAAAAGAUGAUGAUGAUGAUGAUGGCGUCUUCAUUGCAGCACAGAUUGGGCCACACAGUUCAGAAAAAAUAAUGAACCAUGAUCACCACUGAGGCUGUUAGAGACUUCCAGACCAAAGAGCGCAAACACAAAGAGCAGCUGAAGAGAUGUUUAUCAUCCGCCUUGUCUGCAGACCUGAACAGGCUGCUGCAGGAGGAACUGGAGGCGGAUAUUUUGCUGUGUGCAGGUUCGGACUCGAUCCGAGCUCACAGAGCUGUGCUGCUGGCCAGAGCGCCUGAUGUCCUGCACGGUCACAGAGAGGCCUCCGUCAUCCAUGUGCCUGAUGAUCAGCUACCUGCACUCAAAGAUUUACUCAGGCGAGCAUACACAGCAGCCCCAAGCACACGGAGACCAGACAGUGUUUCACCGUCAGAGCUUCUCCUGUCAGACUCAGGCCAUGUUUUUUCCGAGCCAGCUUCCGGUCUCGGUGCGGACCUUCUGGAUCUGUACCACAGAGGAGAGCAGUGUGACAUCACCAUCCAGGUGGCAGAGCAGGUCUUCUCUUGCCACAGGGCAAUCUUGUGUGCACGGUCCCAGUACUUCCGAGCUAUGCUCAGUGGACAUUGGAUGGAGAGUUCCAGACAGCAUAUAACUCUGCAAGGACUAGGGCCUGAUGAGAUGGAAAUUUUACUCCAGUUCAUGUAUGGAGGCGUUGUGGACUUACCAAGUGGAGCCAGUGCCAGUCAGGUGGUCCUGGCUGCAGACAUGCUGGGUCUGGAGGGACUGAAGGAUGUUGUGGAGCUGGUUCUUCUCAGAGACUUCUGCCGUUUCUUACCCAAGCAGCCAGUUGAUGGGGUUCAGAGAACAGUUCUUGAGUGCCUGUCACUCACGCACGUCCUGGGUCUUCAAAACCUGCACAUGUUAUGUAAGAGGUGGGUUGCUGAACAUUACGUGAAGGCCUGGUGUGAGAGAAACUUUUCCCUCUUGUCCUCGGAGCUCCACAGAGCAUGUUUAAAUGCUGUUACUGAAACAAUGACUGUGCAGAACGCAGUGAGCGUGCUCUGUGGCUCUGAGCAGCUGAUUGGUAGUCUACCUGAGGUAAAGUGGGCCCAGCAGGUGAGGAGUCUGGCUAUGGAACUGCAAGAGGACAGCCUGCAGGUCAUCGUCCAGCACCUCCCCUCUGUCAUCCAUACUCAGGCCUUCCAGGACCUCUGCAGGAGGGAGGAGUUCACCAGAGAGCCCACCCUGCUGAAGAAGAUGUGUUCAGCAAUCAGGGAAGGUGUGACGGUAGAAAACUGCUGUGGUCUCUUCACUGCUGUCCACAGUCUCUGUGGGGACGAGUCGGAUCAGGAUUUUCUCCUGGAAAACAAGGAGGAGCCAUUCAGACAGGAGAUCUGUUGGCUCCGCAGGCGGAUCUGGACCUUUCUGCUUCAAACCUUUUAUGCCGUUCGGCACACGGAGGGAUGGGAGAAGCUGCCAUCCAGACACAGAGACCGGAUCCUGGCAGACGCUAUUGAUAAAGGAGACAACAGAAGACUCAGCAAAAAGCCCGUCUUCACCAGCUCUCAGUCGAAGGCUGUAAAAUGCUCAACAUCGCCUCCUGAGAGUCCUGCUGUGCUCCGGACCCAUAGGUCCCAAAACAGAAACCUUUACUCCCAUAGAGCAGCAGCCAUGAAAUCUGAUGGGCUGGUUCCAACUAGCAAUGCAGGAGAAGGUCACCCCUCCAAAGCAAAGAAUGCUAAGAAACCAGGAGACAAGAGCGCAGCAUCAAAAGCUAAAGCAGCAUCAGCUGGCUCAACGGUUGUCAACAGUACAGGAGCUGCAGAUGCAGCCGGUGCCAACGGGCCCAGAAGCUCUCAUGAGGUUAAAGAGCAAGACAAGAAAGCAAAGCCAGGUGCAAAGCCUAAAACUUCUCCUCCAAGCUGCACAUCCACAGGCCAGGCAGCAACAACCAAGCUUCAGAGAAGCUCUGCAGGAAAGGCAGAAAGCUCUGCUGGUACCUCCAGGACCCAGCCCAACGCCUCGGCCACAUCAGGCAGCAUCUGUCCAGAGAUCGGUAGCAGCGGUCUUCCCACCCAGGCCAUUCCAGGAGCGAAACCCAAACACCCGACCGCCACCACGGCGAGCAGAUCCCCCCUGGCCAAACUUCCUCAGAGAUCAGAGACAACAAGGACCAGCAGUCCUACCAAUAAACCGAGAGAUGCUGGGAAAGUGAAGACUGCUGGAGUGUCCAUUGCCAGAGCAGAUCAUCUCGGGUCCAAACAUGGAACCUCCAUGAAAAAAACAGCUUCUCCCAGAAAAGAAGACAGCAAGGAAGCACUGAAAUCUUUAGCUGAAAUCUCUAAGAAGAAGAUCACCAAACCCGCUUCAGCAAAUGUAGUCUCAGCUAAAUCCAAGUCAGCCAAGGUCUCUUCAGCCGCUGUGAAGCAGUCUUUGUCAGCGGCUGCUAAGACGGGACCCAAGCUAAAAACUGCUUCAGAAUUAUCUGCUGACAAAGCUUCACCAAAAACCUCCAGAAUCUCCACCGCAUCCAGAACAUUUGAAACUAAAGGAAAAGAUGCAGCAAGUGGGAAAAAAUCUGAGCGCAUUGCAGCUGAAAACUUGUCUGUGGAGCAGAAAGACGUCAAAGAGCUGCUGACCUCUGAGGAACCUGCAGUAUCCAGCACACAGCCAACAAACAAGGCCAGUUCACAAACAAGCCCUCCCCUGACUCUGCAGAAUCCCGAAAGACCAUCUGGAAUCAGUAAGAGUCCACGAGACAAGGCCUGCGAGGCUCUGUCAGCUACCAACACCCCUCGUGUCAGAUUUGCUGAAGUAGACUUCAUCCAGCAGAACGGUGGAAAGAACGAGCAGCAGUCUAACGACAGCACGAUCCCUACACUCAUCAGUGGGGGACAAACUAAGGACAUCAGCUCACCAAAAGACCCUGAACACCCCGAAAACACCCCUUGCAGCAGCGCUGACAUGCCUUUAGAGGAGUCCUGGACUGGAGUCCAGCAUCAGAUCAGCCCAGAGUCCGAGACCGGCAGCACUCACACCACCUCCUCAGAUGACAUCAAGCCUCGCUCCGAGGACUAUGAUGCCGGAGGCUCUCAGGACGACGACUGCUCCCACCACAGAGGCGUAUCCAAGUGCGGCACCAUGCGCUGCCAUGACUUCCUGGGUCGCAGCAGCAGUGACACAAGCACGCCAGAAGAGUUAAAGAUGUACGAGGCCGGCGCCGGACUCAGGGUGGAGGUCCGUCUGCGAGGCAGAGAUGCAGAGACCACCAGUGAGGAUGAAGGGGUGAGACAUUAUCCUCCUUCCUGGCCACAGAAAGACGCCAAGACCACCAUGAAAAGUGUCCCCAACCACGAGCUCGCCUCUGAGGAAGAGGAGGAGGAUGAAGAGGAAACAGAAGACGAGAGGUCAGAAGUGGAAAUUAUUCCAGGCCAUGCUUCGCCACCACCAACGGAUGCCUCACCGCACUUUCAGGGGAUUGUCAACUUUGGUUUUGAUGACGACGGCGUGGAGCAGGAGGAUGAGCAGCCAGACUUCCACCCGGACUUCCAGUCCACAUCCAGCUUCCGACGCUCUGUGUUGCUCUCUGUGGACGAGUGCGAGGAGUUGGGAUCAGAGGAAGGUGGUGUCCAGACUCCAUUUCAGCAGCCAGAUGAAGCUUUUACUCCCUGCGAUGUGUUUGAUUCUGACUUUACAGAGGCUGGGUUCAACCAUGGAAGCAGAGAUCAACAGACCCACAGUCUGAACACGACAGGUAUGAACCACAAAGAGGAGAACCAGCAGGACACAAGUGUGUUCCUCACAGAGAUCCAGGAACUUGUGCAGAAGGAAACCAACCAUGUGGAUGAAGGGAAGUCAAUUUGUCCUGCUGUGGACACCAAAGACCUGCCCCCCCAGGAGCGCCCCUCCCACCUGGAUCUGCCACACACUGAGCAGUACAAUGGAAGGCUAAGCAAAAAUUUCACCUGUCUGUCAGAGAGCAGAAAAGCUGAUUUACAUCUAGACUUAAAUGACCAUCAGUUGACAGGAAGUUCUCCUGUUCAUGCUGCACAGCCGUCAGCAGGGGACAAUGGUUGUGACAGAUUGGAUCAAACCUGCAAACUUGACCGCCGACCGUCCAAAGCCCUGUCUCCCAUUUACGAGAUGGAUGUGGGCGAAGCCUUUGAGCGCUGUUCGGAUAAAGACAGGAACCUUAAACAACUGGUGGAGGAGGGAAAACACAGAGGCAACAGGGAUAUAAACAGCGAGUUUGCAGAACGGGACUGGAGCCUGCUCAGACAGCUUCUCUCAGAUCAUGAAUCCAGCCUGGGCGUCAUAAACCCCAUCCCUGAGGAACUCAACCUAGCCCAGUACCUCAUCAAGCAGACGCUGUCCUUGUCCCGGGAUGGCCUGGACUCUCAGGCCUUCCUGUCCCCAGAGAAAGAGACCUUCAAGCGUUGGGCAGAACUUAUAUCCCCCGUGGAGGACUCCUCCACCAGCAUCACCGUAACCAGCUUCUCCCCAGAAGAUGCUGCCUCUCCACAGGGCGAGUGGACCAUCGUGGAACUGGAAACGCAUCACUGACUCACCUGCUGAACCGUUUCCACCUCCUGGUUGAACUUAGGUUGAAUGGGUCUUAAUUUAUUAUCUUAGAAAUCUUUAUGGUUGCUUUGUCCUGGACAGUACAAAGUUUAUUUACGUCAUUUUCACCUCAGUGGACGUUUUGGUACACCAACAGGUUGUUAUGCAUGCUGAUAUUUUUACAUGUCUGAUGUCAGUGUGCAUACAUACAAGGGGGGUAGACGUUUCUUUGUCUGUGCUCUUUUAUGAUUUGGUUUACUGGCAUUUCUUAAAAAAAAAAAGGUUUAAUCUGCUGGCUUGCAUACAUAUGAAAUAAAGGUUUGUGUUUUUAAAGAAA